AUAAUAAAAAGAGAUGCCGUAAGGAACCCACUAUUCGUGUUGAACAUUGACUGUAUACCAAGAAAGUAGACCUCAAGCACCCCGCUUUCACAUAUUGAAAAGUUGUGAGUCAAAGUGUUGACGACACUUGUGUAGGAUCACAAGUUUUUCGAGCUGAUGCAGACAGCCAAUAGUGGAAGCACGCGGGGAUUCGCAAUUGACGUGGCGUGAAGAUUUUAAGAAGCCUACGAUCAUGGCUGAUUAUCUCCAAAUACUCAGCGCCAUUGCGUUGGCGUUCGUUGCUGUAUAUUAUUACUUAACAUCAACCUUCGAUUUUUGGAGAAGGAAAGGUGUACCUGGACCUGAUCCAAUACCUGUAUUUGGCACUAUUAAAGAUGUUCUCUUGAAAAAAGCAACAAUUGGCGUUCAUAUAAGGCAGCUGUAUGAAAAAUACAAAAAUGAGCCCCUUAUUGGAAUCUUUAUAAACAGUACUCCUAAUGCUAUCGUAUGUGACAUGGAUCUCAUUAAGGAUGUUCUCAUCAAAGAUUUUUCUGUUUUCGAUGAUCGUGGAAUCGUUAUUAAUGGGAAGGUGGAACCAUUAACCGACCACAUCUUCAAUUUAGAAGUAAAGAGAUGGCGGCCACUACGAACAAGGCUCACGCCAGUUUUUACAUCUGGAAAACUCAAGGAAAUGUUUCACUUGAUAAUGGAAUGCUCGGACCACUUAGAGAAAUAUUUGGUGAAACUAGAACAAGAAGGGGAGCCGAUAGAGUUUCGCGAAGUAGCAGCAAAAUUCACGACUGACGUCAUCGGCAGUUGUGUUUUUGGGAUUAACAUGAAUGCAUUAUCCAGUGAAGAAAGUGAAUUUCGGCGAAUGGGAAAGAAGGUUUUCUCAACUUCGCUAUGGGAUACCUUAAAGUUUACAUUCCGAGAAUUUCUGCCGAAAUUAUACUUCUUUAUUAUGUCUCUACAACCGCAUUCGAAUGGUACUAAAUUUUUCAUACGAGUUGUAUCGGACACUAUCAAGUAUAGAGAAGAAAAUAACGUGAUUAGGCCAGAUUUCAUGAACAUGCUGAAAGAGUUAAAGAAUCACCCAGAGAAGUUACAAGAUAUCGAAUUGACGGACAACUUGCUGGCUGCGCAAGCAAUGGUCUUCUUCGCAGCUGGCUUCGAAACAUCAUCGACUACUAUCUGUCACGCUCUUUAUGAGAUGGCGCUGAAUCCGCAGGUGCAAGAAAAAUUGCGUGCAGAAAUUAAAGAGUUUAGUAUAAAAAACAAUGGCUCCAUCAAGUAUGAUGAUAUAAAAGAAAUGAAAUAUUUAGACAAAGUUUUUAAAGAAACACUAAGGAAGUAUCCACCAGGAGCUAUGGUGAGGAGAAAAUGCAACAGCGAUUAUACCUUCAGUAAUACGAAAGUAACAAUUCCUAAAGGUACUAGAGUAUUGGUUCCGGUAUUAGGAAUUCAUCACGAUCCCAGCAUUUAUCCAAAUCCAGAAGUCUUUGACCCAGAAAGAUUUAACCAAGAAGCAGUUGCGCUGAGACAUCCAAUGAGCUACUUACCUUUUGGAGAUGGACCACGAAAUUGCAUUGGUGCACGUUUUGCAGUUUACCAAACGAAAAUGGGCAUAAUAAAAACGCUAACAAAUUUUAAAGUCGACGUUUGUGAAAAAACAAUGAUUCCGUAUGAAAGUAAUCCACGUGCCAUAAUAUAUAGUCCAAAAGGGGGAAUAUACUUAAAACUAAGUAAAGUAACAAAUUGAGCUAAGACGAAAAGAGAUUAAAACAAGGUUCAAAAUGUUAAGGAUAUCGAAGCAUCUACAAGAAACAGAUAUCAAAGGAUUAUUAAAACUAUAAAAUUCGUUACAUUUCUCAUAUUUAUUGUGUCCGUAUGGUAAACAUCCGAAUGUAAUUCGGUAAAAUAAAGUAAGAAAGUAGUGUAUAAGUCUGUACUUCCGAAAUAGACCUGUCGCCGAUCAAUAUGGCGUUUGGAAGGGAGAUGGGGGAGGAGAGUAGACGACAAAUAUAAAAUAUUGGUUUCGGCCAUUUACUUAUACUAGUAUUAUUAAUACUAAUUUUCAAGAUAUUAAUGAAAAAUCUAAGCUAAGUUAACUUAACCGCACAAUAAUUUGUAUAGAUCUCAUAAGUUAUACAGGGCGAUUAUCUUGUUAAAGAUCUCUAAAACAGUUGUUUACAGUACAAUGUUCCGGCGAUAUUUUCCAUCUCAAUAAUAUUCCAUCUCAUAAGUGGUCCGAUUCCUCUUGGCCUAGUACCAUCCUGCAGGACUUCAAGUCAGCAGAGCACAAUACAUUUUCCCGUUGAACGUUUUCCGUAGGCAUUUGGUUGUCCUUUCCUAACAAGACAAUUCCUUCUAAGGACAGAAAUAAACAGUCUUCCUUAUUUUACCAAGACGGUUUUUCUCGUGUCUCAAGUCUAACUUCGUAUUGUGUACUUUGUAAAGUCUUGUCAGUAAAUAAAUUUCACAUUGUAUGUUCAAUA